AUGCUCCUCGUCCAUCAACCUCUGGAGUGUCCUUCAGAGGAAGCUCGGGUGCCUACUCCUGAAAUGCCACACUUGACCCAGGAGUCCCAAGAGCCAGAGGAGGAUGCGCUGUCUUUAGCUGCAUCAGCCUCCCAUUUUCAUGAGUACGAGGAAGGGGAGGUCUAUGAGGGGGCCUCUCAGGCCUCAGAUCAAGGCUCCCACUCCUCAGCCCAGACUGAGCUGUCCGAGAGCGGGGAUAACUCGAUGCAGGCCAUCCUGAGAAUGGCCCUGGAGAAGUUAAGGGUGGCCUUACCAGACCAAGCAGGGCAGGCCCCAACAAGCAGAUUCUUCCGGCGGAAGCCAGCCUCCAAUGCAUUCUCUGUCCCCCAUGCAGAGGACUAUUUGAGGGAGCUACAGGUCUGCUGGGCAGACUCGAAGGCCUGCUCCCGUCUAACCAGCGACGGUCGUGCGCUGGCAGCGAUGCAUGGUUCGGCAGACGUUGGCUUGGACUGCAUGCCACCAAUUGAGCCAGUCGUCGCAUCUCUGGUGGUUCCCCCAGAUGAGGCCUUGAGCCGGGACACCAGGUGCCCUCGCCCCAGUGCAGGCUGA